AUGAACCGUUAUAUUUGGACAUUGGUGUUGGCACAAGCGCUGCUUGGCUUUGCGGCCAGCGAAUCGGAGGACAAACGCCUCGCCGGUCUCUUUGUCAAGGAUGGCAAUGAGAAUGGGCAGCUGCGCUUCUUGGCCGCCGGACUCAAUGGUGGCAAUGGCAAUGGCAACGGUUUGGGUGGCUUGAAUGGCAACAGUGGUGGCCUUAACUCGGCGCUUAAUCAAUAUAUAACCAACAAGCAGGACAUGCUGGAGCAACUGCGUCCAGUUACCACAGGCACGGGUUCGGCCAUUAAUUCGGUAACAGGCACUGCUGCUGCUGGUGGCGCCUCCAAUGGCGUCAUCUAUGUUAAUCUCAAUGGCCAAACAGGCACAGGCGCUGGCACCGGCACCGGCACCUUUACGGGCACUGGCACCGGCACCGCCACGGGCACGGGCACGGGUCUAACCAAUCAGCAGCUGGCACUCAAUCAGGUCAUCUAUGGCACCUCGCCGGUCAACAAUUUGCUGCCCCAGAUUAUGGGCCAAGCCAUUUCUCAGCGUCGCCGUCCCGCUGCCGGUGGCAACAAUCGCCGACGCGUCCAGCAGCGUCGUCGUCGCGUCAACAAGAACGGACGUCGCCGCAAGGGCAACAAGUCGGGCAAGAAGCGUCCCCAAGUCACAAUCGUGCGUCCAAAUCGCGGCUAA